CACGGAGGACUGGGAGGCCUGGGAGGCACAGGCCUGGGCAGUUCCCAAAGCUCUGGAAUACUGAGUGUUCUUUGUAGAGAUGGACAGCAGGAGCUCCUCUGUUUCCUGUGCAGCAGCUCCCGUAGCGGAGGCACCGGUAGCAGCCCUGGCGGACGAAGGAGCGAUGGCAGCGGCCGAUAUAGCUCGCCAGGUGGGCGAAGGUUGCCGAACUGUCCCCUUGACUGGACAUGUGGGGUUUGACAGCUUGCCUGACCAGCUGGUGAAUAAGUCAGUCAGCCAGGGCUUCUGCUUCAACAUCCUGUGUGUGGGGGAGACAGGCUUGGGCAAGUCCACCCUCAUGGAUACCCUGUUCAACACCAAGUUUGAGGGGGAGCCGGCCACCCACACACAGCCAGGUGUUCAGCUCCAAUCCAAUACCUAUGACCUCCAGGAGAGCAACGUGGGGCUGAAGCUCACGAUUGUGAGCACCGUGGGCUUUGGGGACCAGAUCAACAAAGAGGACAGCUAUAAGCCUAUAGUGGAAUUCAUAGAUGCUCAGUUUGAGGCCUACCUGCAGGAGGAGCUGAAGAUCCGGAGAGUACUGCACACCUACCAUGACUCCCGAAUCCAUGUCUGCUUGUACUUCAUUGCCCCCACAGGACAUUCGCUUAAGUCUCUGGACCUAGUAACCAUGAAGAAGCUGGAUAGCAAGGUGAAUAUCAUCCCCAUCAUUGCCAAGUCAGACGCCAUCUCUAAGAGUGAGCUGACAAAGUUCAAGAUCAAAAUCACCAGUGAACUUGUGAGCAAUGGAGUCCAGAUCUAUCAGUUCCCCACGGAUGACGAGUCCGUGGCUGAGAUCAACGGAACCAUGAAUGCCCACCUGCCGUUUGCUGUCGUUGGCAGCACAGAAGAAGUGAAGAUAGGCAACAAGAUGAUGAGGGCGCGGCAGUAUCCUUGGGGGACUGUGCAGGUUGAAAAUGAGGCCCACUGCGACUUUGUGAAGCUGCGGGAGAUGCUGAUUCGGGUCAACAUGGAGGAUCUGCGGGAGCAGACCCACACCCGGCACUAUGAAUUGUACCGCCGCUGUAAACUGGAGGAGAUGGGCUUCAAGGACACCGACCCUGACAGCAAGCCAUUCAGUUUACAGGAGACAUAUGAGGCAAAGAGAAAUGAGUUCCUAGGGGAGCUCCAGAAAAAAGAAGAGGAGAUGAGACAGAUGUUUGUCCAGAGAGUCAAAGAGAAAGAAGCUGAGCUCAAAGAGGCGGAAAAAGAGCUGCAUGAGAAGUUUGACCGUCUGAAGAAACUGCACCAGGAAGAGAAGAAGAAGCUGGAGGAUAAGAAGAAAUCCCUGGAUGAUGAAGUGAAUGCUUUCAAACAGAGAAAGACAGCAGCUGAGCUGCUCCAGUCUCAGGGUUCUCAGGCUGGGGGCUCGCAGACUCUGAAAAGGGAUAAAGAGAAGAAGAAUUAACUCUGCUGUUUGCUGCAUGCUGCAUGAGACCCAGGGUCCUGUUUGGGCUUCCUGUAGACGCACCCUUUCCUGUGCAACAGAACUGGGCCUCCCUCUCUUAUUUCCCCCUUACCAUGUUUAGGGGGCAUACAACCCAUGCCCUCCCCUCUCUUCCUGCGAGUCAAAUGAUGAUGCCUGGCCUCUGACCAAGAAGCCAGCAACGACAUAGCUUGGAGUCACAUUCCAUACCUUAGUCCCUGUCCUAGCACCCCAACCGUAUGUGCCCCUACUUCUCCAUCCCUAUCUUUGCCAGACUAUCACAUGUUCAGGAGUUGCUAUUUGCUACUCUUCCUCAUUUGAAUUUGACCACUAUUUGUUUCCUUGAGGUAUUUCCAUCUACCCUGGCUGGAUAAGUACCAGUCAAGGCUCAGAGCUUUCCCCUUACACUCCUGCAUCCUAGUCAAUGGGAUUGUCCUCCCAUUCCUCUAAUCUAAGGAACUAUAACCUCUUCUCAUAGGCUUCAAAAGAAUUACCAGUGAUACCUAUUUCUUCUACCAUCUUAGCCCAGCCCUUUCCCAAUUCCAUUCACUCAGAGUCACCUGUAUUAAAAGUCAGCACACGUUUCUUUGCACCAAGCCCUUUCUAUAAAACACAAUUUUCUGGGCAAGACAGUGUAUAUUUCCCCUCUAAUUCUGGACACCCCAUAGAUAAAGAAGGGAAAAUAAACUAGCAUAUUAUUACCAGCCUAGAGUCUUGAAUGAUAGACUUAUAGAAUUCUCCUUGGGGAUUUCAGCAUGGCAUUGGUCAUUUCUUGCCAUCCCAAUGAGGUGGACUAGCAAUAAUAAUAAUCCCAGUUUGUAAACUGGUGAGUUGCUUCAAGAAGCUAGGCUUGGGGCUCGCCUGGAUGAGUAUGCUAGUCUACCUGAUGAUUGUAAUGAUGGGUUGAAUCUGCAUUUACACCCGUGCC